UCUGCAGCGUCCUCUAAUUCCAUCUCCUCCUGCAGCUAGGCCCUCCGGCAUCCAGGCCUGCAUUAGCGUAUUGAUCUAACGCUUACAUUUACUAUAUGAGUUGCAGCAUUCUCUGCAGGUCAUUCUCAGAGGACACAGAGGUGCAGCAGGGCUGAACAGCAGCCAUUUGAAUGGGUAACGUACCCACUACAGUGAAGCACUGCCUGAGCUAUGAGCAACUCAUCCAGGACUAUCCAUGGCUGAAGCGCUGGCUGCAGGAGGAGAAGACUAUUACAGGACAUGAGUAUCCAGAGUUUGUUAAAAUAGUUGAAGUAGGACCACGAGAUGGACUUCAAAAUGAAAAGGAAAUUGUUCCAACAGGGGUGAAAAUCCAGCUGAUAGACAUGCUCUCGGGAACAGGCCUGCCUGUGAUCGAGGCCACCAGCUUUGUCUCUUCAAAGUGGGUACCGCAGAUGGCAGACCACUCUGAUGUACUGAGAGGAAUUCAGAGAGCACCUCAUGUUCGGUAUCCUGUUUUGACACCUAACAUGCAAGGCUUCAAGGAUGCUGUUGCAGCUGGUGCUACUGAGGUGGCGGUGUUUGGGUCAGCGUCUGAAACCUUCAGUAAAAAGAAUAUUAACUGCUCUAUUGAUGAAAGCAUGCUGAGGUUUGAGGAAGUCAUUAACACUGCCAAAGAGCAACAGAUUCCAGUCCGCGGAUAUGUGUCUUGUGCCCUCGGAUGCCCCCUCGAGGGACACAUCGAACCUUCCAAAGUCUCUGAAGUGGCCAAGAGGUUAUAUGCGAUGGGCUGCUAUGAGAUUUCCUUGGGGGAUACCAUCGGUGUUGGUACUCCAGGCUCCAUGUUGAAGAUGCUGCAGAGUGUGAUGGAGGAGGUGCCCGCCCACGCUCUCGCAGUUCACUGCCAUGACACUUAUGGGCAAGCACUGCCCAACAUCCUUACUGCACUUCAGAUGGGGGUCUGUGUGGUGGACUCUGCAGUAGCUGGCCUGGGAGGUUGCCCAUAUGCUCAAGGUUCAUCUGGCAACGUUUCAACAGAGGAUGUUCUCUACAUGCUCCAUGGCAUGGGCAUUGAAACUGGUGUGAAUCUUGCCAAAGUGAUAGAAGCCGGUGACUUCAUCUGCAAUGCUUUACGUCGCGAGACAAACUCCAAGGUUGCCCAGGCAAGAGGCAGAACGCUGUGAAGGGAAUAUAUUUAAAUAUUAACCUUUUAAGUGCUUCCCCUGUCGUUGCUGCAUUCAGAUAUGUCGCCUAUGCUUCUGUUAAAGAAGAUUUUAUGUCAUUUAUCUCAUUCAACUGGCCUUUUUAAAAGCCACAUGUAUUCACUUCUGUUUUCAAACUUUCUCAUACUUAUGGAGAAGACAAGUGCACUGAUUAAAUAUCAGUCACUUUUAUUAUUUUGCGUAGCUCAGUGGCCUUAUAAUUUUUUUUUACAGAAUAAGUAUUUUAUUCGUUUUUCCAACCCACUGAACUUUAUCAAAAACCACCACAUAGGUGUUGUGUUUUAAUAAACAGAGAAGACAAACAACAUGAAGAAAAGGCUCUCUCCUGCCUUUUAAUAAACAUGAAUAGCUUUAAUGCACUUUACUCCUCCGAAGACCCUUUCAGCUCUCAUACUAGGUCAGGUCCUCUGAGAAUAGCAACUUAAAAACAAGACUUCUCUCAAACAAAAAAAUUAAAUAACACCUUGUCAAAAUAGUUUUUGCCCUCAGGUUUGCCUAAAAGCAUUAAGAAAGUGCCCCUUGAUCAUUGUGCCAUUAAAAAACUUUGACCAUUACAUAAGCUACCAUCUGGGAGUAUAGUCUGUGUAAGUGUCAAAUGUGUUUCUUCCGUCUAUUUAAAUCCUAUAUGUGCUAUAUGUUAUAACCUAAUAGAAAUAGAAAAUGACACUACAUGUAUUUUCUAAUUAAAUGUUAUGCAAGACAAGGUAGCAAGUAUAAAUUGCUUUUAUAUAUAUAUAUUGUGUUUGAGAAAAAAAUAUCAUUAUCAGUUUUUUGUCUUUUCAUGUAACCAUAUGCUGGAGGAUUAAGAUGAUCCAAAUAAAGAAAACAGAACAUAGUAGGAGAAAAUACUUUGUGGAUGUUUUUGUCAUCAGAAAUGAGUGUACCCCUGGUUUUCUAUCUAGCUUGUCAUUAAUAGCAGGCUCUUUGUCCCACUAGGGAAUUACUUUAAUUGAAAUGCCAGUAUGAACGCUGGCAGGACUCUGCGGUGCAAAGUGAGACUAUAAUAAAAUGUAACUGUAAUGAACAGAUGUGGGAGAGUACUAAGAGAACUUGCAUGAAUAUAUUCAAAUGUGGUAAUUAGCCCUGAUAGUCGUCCAGCUUCAUUGUCUGUGCAAACAAUUAUUUAAUGAAGUGUAGUCACUCUCAGAUCUGUUUUUGGGAAACCAAGUUGCAGCAAUACAAUAAUGAGCUCGCUUGUAAGAAAACUUUGGAAGUCUCCAAGUGUUGCAGUCUGAAUAAUUUGAAAGACAAAAUACAGUUGUAUUGGCAUUGCAGUACAAAUCUGACAUCUGAAAAAUAAGAACAUGCAUAAUUAUUCCUUCCAGUUGCUAGUUGUGUACUGAAACUGUGAUUCAAUGUGGUGUCAUUUAAUAAAAGUUAGUUUGCUUUCUA